UGCAGCGAAUAAUUUUCUUUAACAGGGUGCACUGGUACAUGUAUGGCAGAGAGACGAGCGGAAAAGAAUUUAAGAAGUAGCAUAACUUUAACCAAAUUAAAUAAACCUACUUCUUGCAUGUGAUUCACUUUUGUUGGCAGUGAAAAUAUUAUAAAGUUCGCGAAAGUAAAACAAUCAUGCGUUUGCUAAUGAAAGUGGUUUAAUGUUAAUGGAACCUGGGACUGCAGUGUCAAGGAAAUUUUGUGCUGUGCCGAGAGCUUAACAAGCAUGCAACUCACGCGCUACUCACUAUGAGGGAUGCAGUUUUGCAGAAACGGAGUAAUAACGUAGCGACCCCAAAAUCGAAACCAUCUCUUGAAAUUUAUCGGCCUCCUGGUGUAAGAGUGGACGGAACGACGGAGCGGGCAGCUAAUUUGACUAAUCCACAAUUGAACGUUCACGCCAAGGAAUUCACCAUGAAGCAAAAUGAAAUACAUUCAAACAGAUCACAAGCCAAUUCGGAGCGACCAAACUAUUAUCUGCAGCAAAGUAAAUCAAGUGGGAAUAUCCACCGAUACAUGUAUCAACACCAACAGCACUUACCGUAUCCACUGCAGCAUCAAUUGACCCACCAAAAUCUACAUCACCACCAAAUCAAUCACCAUGCUCUAGUCAGUCCAACUACUACUAUCCGAUAUCCUCAUGGCCUGCAUACUUCUGCGUCAAGUGGCAACAUUUUGCACAGUGCCAGCAGAGUUCAUUUCAGUAUGGAUCAGAAUGACAUAAAGCCGGUCGCUGUUCCGAAGCCUGGAAAACUAACAAAGUCAUUGUCCUUUAUUUCGCCGUAUCAACUUAAACGUUCAAAGAGCUUAAAUGCUGCUGACGUCAUAGCUGCAAAAGCGAAGAAUUUAGCUGAUGCCUCAGAACUUGGAAAGUUUCCUAGCCAAAUUCAGGAUACCCUUAACAAAGCUAUCGAAGAUCCAAAUCACUUAAAUGCCCGGAUGUUGAUGGAGUUAGUUCGUCACGUCUUGGAAAAGGUAGUUGAAAACCGACGUCAUGCUGGAACAGCAGCUAAAGUUUGCAUCACAAUUAUUGAGAAAGAAGUGAAAGAAACUUUCCUCGAGUCCCUGUUAAACUCUUGCCAAGAAUGGUAUCAAGAUCAUAGUCGAAUACUUCAAGACUUUUCGGACUGUCAUCGCUAUUCGUCCUUUAUGUCAUUCCUCAAUGAAAUGUACUGCCAGGUGAAGCGACGCCAAUUACAGUUAAGAACACAACAAGAGGGCGUUCCACCUGGAAGAGUACUGCUUACUUUAUUAUGGAAAUGUUGUCAAGAGUGUCUUGAACCUCCAAUGAUAAACUCCCUCGUGGAGACUGAUUGUCUCUUCUUCAUUCUUACAUGCGUGGGCAAAGAUUUAGCCACUGAAUUACCUAGUCAGCUUCAACAAUUACUUGGAAGCGUGCGAGAUGCAUUUUUGGCGGACCAGACAACACUUCCAGCCGUGAGAAAAACACUUUUGCAACUCAUUGAACUUCACGCGGCCAAUUGGCAACUUCCAGCACCAGCUGUUGUAUACUAUUAUCCUGGUUCAUCAAAAUGACGUUUUACUCUUCCACUAAUUCGCAUUGUUAUCAUUUAUACAAGAAAUACAAAUUUUGAAGUAUA